CGGCACAAACUAGUAACAAUCCACAAUGAACGACGUGGGACCCUUACUAUUGCUCCAACAACACGCUUUGAUUAGGUUUUCGAUUCGAUUCGGUCGAUAGCUCUGGCUAAUAGAUACCAGGUACCGGUUGAUAUCCAGAGUCCAGAGAAAUCUAUCUGCUUAGUCGCGACAGCUUCGAAAACGACAAAGGUUCGAUUCGAGCUUCGCUUUGGAUGGUCGCGUCACCCACCCACCGACUAGUAGCUAGCUAGCCACAGCAGAAGGCAGGAAGACCACAAUUUGCACUGAACUCAAGACGACAAUCAUCAUGCCAAAAAGAGUCAAAGUACUGCCGCAAAAGUUCCUGGGCAAGAACACUCCGCUACCCCCGGAACCUUCGGAACCACCGCCACCUACCACCGACUUGGUGUCGCUGUUAGUGGUGGGAUCUCCCCAGUCGGGAAAGACGAGUCUGAUUGAAAGCUUUGUGUCUCACGAGACGGUAGAUCCAUGUCACGAGGAUACAACUCAAGAAGAGGCCGUAUUACGGCAGUGCGGGAAUAAUUGGUCCGUCUCGUAUUCCCGCAAAAAGUUUGCCUUUCGCAACCAAGAGAAUAAUAGUUGCAUCCAAAGUCUCUUUGUCCAACUCUUGGAAGCCACGGGGAUUGAUCCCAAUACAGCGACAACCAUCGACAAGAACCAGUCGGAAUGGAAACGAGUCUGGAGAAAGGCUGCCGUGAUUCUAUUGGUCGUCAAUGUCUCACAGCAACAGCAAGAAGAAGAGGAAACAGACUCCAUUCUAAGGCAAAUCAAGACUUGGAAACGAUGGCUAGACGCACGGCAUCAACCACAAAAGAAGAAGAAAGCAGUGAUAUUAAUGCUGCAUCAAGGAGACAAGCUAUCCGCAACAACCAAUACUGAUGGUACUACAACUAGCAGUAGAAGAUCAGCCACGUUCUGGAUCGAUUUGGGAAAAAAGAUAUCCCAUCUCUGCGACAAACUCGACAUUCAUUCGUGGCACAUUACAUCUUCCAAUUUGCUAGAUGACGAACUUGGUGGGUCCGUUGACGCGGCCUUUUGCAGAAUACUGGGAGACCCACAAUCCUCUGGCGUGCUGUCAUCUCCUCCCCCAGCGUCCAUUGUAACCACCACCAAUCAUGGGGCGUCGUUUGACGCGGAAACACAAUUGUUAUCGCCGCCAACAGACGAUACCGUGACGCCCAUCCGAGCCAAGAGACUGGUACUGGAUUCCGCUAGAGUCGUGUCUCCCUUGACAUGAUGACCAGUGCUAGCUGCCGACUGCUGUGGAAGUUUGUAUCAUCAUGCAUGUUUGGCGGUGCUGAUAGCGCCGCCGCCGCCGCCGCCGCCUGUAACAAAAGUAGGAGUAUUAUAGUAAGCAUGUAUUUCCAACUGCCUUGCGGGGGUACCGGUAAGACUGGGAGGGAAACAGUCUCUGCACAGACUUUCCGGUGAUUUAUACAUUCACUCCGAUCGGCGAAACAGCACAUUCUGAGUCGCCAUACGGCGGCAAUGAUUCACUUGAGCUGGGUGCAUUCAUCCUGCACUUCAGAUUCAUCGAACACUGAAUCCUACGUAGCUACCGUAGGUGGUACCAGCACCAUAAAAAGCGUCCGGAACCUUGUCCUGAAUGCGGACGCUUCCUUGCCAAAGCCCGGCCCCUGGUAGUUUACCUCCCUACUUGAUUAGCUAAUGAAUAUUUUGCGCGUUUGAGCACAGCCCUGGCUAG